GGUGCUGUCAAAAAUCUAAGCAAGCAGAAAUUUUGUGGAAACAUUGAAAUAAUUGAGAUAAUACACUUAUAUCAGACUAUUUAUAGAAUAGCACAAUGAGUGAAACACCAGAGGUAGUUAAAAUCAACAAAUGGGAUGGUGCAGCUGCUAAAAAUGCCAUUGACGAUGCUAUCAGAGAGGUAUUUACUGGGGACCUAAAGUGCAAAGAGAGCUUUGCUCUUAUCGAUGGAAGGCUCUUCUUGUGUGCACUGGCUGUCGGCGUGGCGCUGUAUGCUCUCUUAUGGGACUACUUGUAUCCUUUCCCACAGUCAAGACUGGUACUUAUAAUAUGUGUGUCCUCAUACUUCAUUCUCAUGGGUAUUCUGACUUUGUACACCACAUUCAAAGAAAAAGGAAUUUUUGUUGUGGCCAAAGAAAAAGUUGGAAGCAAUAACAGAGUGUGGGAAGCCAGCUCCUAUGUCAAAAAACACGACGACAAAUACAACCUCGUACUAGUGAUGCGCGACACGGCUGGCAAGACCCGAGAAGCGUCCAUCAACAAAUCCUUCGCCAACUACAUCGACACAAACGGAGCCGUCGUCCAAAACGUGGUAAUCAACGAAAUCACCAAACUCUACAACUCACUCUCGACUGAGAAGAAAGAGAAGUAAUCGCGUUUUGUGAGUUUUUUUCUAAGGUCUGACACUGUAAUUUUGUCCUAAUAAAGUAUGUUACAAUUAA